CUGAGAGGGGGCUGAGAAGGAAGAAGAUAAUUUACAAUAAUUCCUUAUAUUCUCUAAACUCUGAAUCGAGUUAGUUUCAUAAAAGGCCCAUGACCUUUGUCGGCAGCUAAGCUGCCCUCGUCAAAGAUCUCGGUGAGAUCUCCCCUUCUCUGAUCUUGAAUACGUAUAGAUCCCGCAAAGGUGUAUCAUGGCUGUCAAAGGAAAUCCAGGGGAUAACAGGACCCGAAGCUCUGUAUCUAUUAUUAUUGUGGUCGGCUUGUGUUGUUUCUUCUAUUUGCUUGGUGCCUGGCAGAAGAGUGGAUUUGGGAAAGGAGACAGCAUAGCUCUACAAGUCACUAAACAAACGGAUUGUACCCUCUUGCCUAAUCUUAACUUUGAGACACAUCACAGUAAGGAAAGCAUCGCCGAUGACCUCUCCGAUUCAAGUGUUCGGAACUUCGAGCCUUGCGAUGAGAAAUACAAUGAUUAUACUCCUUGCCAAGAUCAAAACCGAGCAAUGACCUUUCCUAGAGAUGACAUGAUCUAUAGAGAGAGGCACUGUCCUCCUGAUGAAGAGAAGCUCUACUGCCUUAUACCAGCACCCAAAGGCUGGGUUAACCCUUUCCCAUGGCCAAAGAGCCGAGACUUUGUUCCUUUCGCAAAUGCUCCCUAUAAGAGUUUGACGAUUGAGAAGGCUAUUCAGAAUUGGGUUCAAUAUGAAGGAAAUGUUUUCAGGUUUCCUGGUGGAGGAACGCAGUUUCCUCAGGGAGCAGAUAAGUAUAUUGAUCAACUGGCAUCGGUUGUCCCAAUUGCUAAUGGCACUGUUAGAACUGCGUUGGAUACUGGUUGUGGGGUUGCAAGCUGGGGUGCGUACCUAUUGAAAAGGAAUGUGAUUGCUAUGUCAUUUGCUCCAAGGGACUCUCAUGAGGCACAGGUUCAAUUUGCACUAGAAAGAGGUGUGCCUGCAGUUAUUGGAGUUCUUGGCUCCAUUCAGCUUCCAUAUCCAUCUAGAGCUUUUGAUAUGGCUCACUGUUCAAGGUGCUUGAUCCCAUGGGGAUCAAAUGAAGGAAGAUACAUGAUGGAGGUUGAUCGGGUCCUAAGGCCUGGCGGGUUUUGGGUGCUUUCUGGUCCUCCCAUUAACUGGAAGUCCCACUACAUGGCAUGGGAACGCACUAAGGAGGACCUUGAGGAAGAGCAGAAAAAGAUUGAAGAAAUAGCAGAACUUCUUUGUUGGGAAAAGUUCUCUGAGAAGGGUGACAUUGCUGUCUGGAGAAAAAGAAUAAAUUCUGAUUCCUGUCCCGGGAGGCAAGAUGAACCCCGGGUCAAAAUAUGUGAAUCGUCAAAUGCUGAUGAUGUCUGGUACAAGAAGAUGGAAACAUGUGUAACUCCUUAUCCUGAGGUUAACAAUCCUGAAGAGGUUGCUGGAGGAUCUCUAAAGACGUUCCCAGAGAGGUUAAAUGCUGUUCCUCCUAGAAUAUCUUCUGGUUCAAUACCAGGGAUCUCAGUGGAGUCAUAUCAUGAAGAUAACAACUUGUGGAAGAAACAUGUUAAAGCUUAUAAAAAUGUCAACAAGUUAAUUGACACUGGAAGAUAUCGGAAUAUAAUGGAUAUGAAUGCAGGAUUGGGUAGUUUUGCUGCAACACUUGAAUCUCCAAAAUUAUGGGUGAUGAAUGUUGUGCCUACUAUCGCCGAAAUAUCCACGCUUGGUGCUAUAUAUGAAAGAGGAUUAAUUGGCAUAUAUCAUGAUUGGUGUGAAGCUUUCUCCACGUACCCGAGAACAUAUGACCUCAUCCAUGCUAAUGCUGUUUUCAGCUUAUACAAGAACAAAUGCAAAAUGGAAGACAUUCUCCUAGAGAUGGACAGGAUCUUGCGGCCAGAAGGUGCAGUUAUAGUCCGAGACAAGGUCGAUGUUCUCAUAAAGGUGAAGAAGCUUGCCGCUGGAAUGAGAUGGAAUACAAAGAUGGCUGAUCAUGAGGACGGCCCUCUUGUGCCCGAAAAGGUUUUGUAUGUCGUAAAGCAAUACUGGGUUGGUGGCAGAAAUGAAACUGCCCAAGGAUGAAGAGAUUUGUCAUUCAAGCAACUGAUGGGACUAAUGUAAAUUGAACAUUCUUAUGCUCUGGAGUUGAAUUAUUUAGGUGGCUUUUCUUUUUCCGGUUUAGUAGUAAUUAACAUCUGGAAGAUAAUUUUGUUUUGUCUUGGAUACGUCUAUGUCUACUGGUGUUGUUCUUAAUAGAGAGACAUGAUUUUUUUUGUGAA